AUGCACCCAUUUGCAUAAUAUCCUCCAUUCUUCUAAUGUAUAAAAUUCAUCUAUAGUAUUAGACUCUCAAAAUAUCCAUCAUCCUUAACCUUCACUGCAACAAUUCAACCCAUAUCAACAUUAAUUAUACAUCAAUAAUUACCUCUGGUUAAAUUAUUAGAGAGCUUAGCAAACUCACUUAUUUUUUUAAGGUUCCGCACAGUCCCCUCCAAUUAUCAAGCAGGAAAAUGUGAUCAAAUAGGAACAAUGCAUCCUUCAAUAGUCUAACUUUGAACCAGUAGAAUUCAUAACUAACCAUGAAAAUAGUAAAUCUGCUCAACUCUUGAAAAAAAGUCCCAUUAUUUAGUCUUAAAAGAAUAAGCGAAAGGGAAAAAGGUCAAACAAAAGAAAGUUAUAUAAUAUAGGCAAUUUUUUUAAUUUGAUUCUUAGGUCAUUGGACAAACAAGGAACACAACUUGUAUCUAAGUUUUAAAGAAAUGAAUAAGGAUAUAAUGUUAAAUUCAGACCUCAAGAAAUAAAACAAAAUAUUUAAAUAAAUGUCUAAUUUUAUAAAGACUAGGUCGCCAAGUUAAUGUCGAUCUCAUCAUUAAAAGUUUGA